CAAACCCCUCCUCCCUCUUCCGCAUACGCUAUCGACUUAUCGAGUUUCACAAGCUAAAGAAAGUCAGAUUCAAACGGAUAACCAUCACCAUCUUUAUUUAUAUAUCAUCAUCCACAGCGGUAAUGGCGACAUGGGCCAAGAAGAAGAGCAAAAGAGAAUGAUGGGAAUGAUGGGGAGGAGAAGAGAUCUUGAAGUUAAGCUCAACUUGUUGUUGGAUUUUCGAUUCCACCCCACUGACAAGGAGCUCGUUGUCCAUUAUCUCUACCGCAAGAUUGCUUGCCAGUGCCUUCGCAUUCUGAUCAUCACCGAGGUCGAUCUCUACAAGUAUAACUCUUGGAACCUCCUAGAGAAGGCGUUGUUCGGACAAAAGGAAUGAUAUUUCUUCUGUUCUGAAAUCAAAUCCGAGGAGAGACUGAGAGAGGU